GGUAAAGGUGUAGCUUAAAUAAGUGGCAUUCGCAACGUUAACUCUGUCUAAUUGAUUACUUAGGGACGUUCUUUUUAAAGAUUUAAAGCAAUCCCUUUGUGUAAUCUGCUUAUCAUGUCGUGCCGUAUGCGCUCUGUGUAGUCUUGUGAAGGAUCGAAGACCUGCAGCACUUAAUCAAACAGUUGGCUGAUAUUUACAAUCGCGUGACACAGACUUGCAGAUUUCCUCGUCUGACUGCUCACAAUGGCUGACAUCGCUCUGAAGUUUGCCCAAAUUUCCCUGAGAGAAAAUUCGUCGCAAAACGAUAUCACCGCGAGCCUGCAGGCGGGAGUGCUGGCGGAGGCGAGGGCCCCGGCUGGCGGCCUGCGCUACUUCCGCUGCUUCACGUGCGGGAAGGAAGACAUCGUUGACAUCGCUUCGCACAUCCAGCAGCUGAGCCACAGGAAUUUCCUCGCUUGGGACGUGAUCAAGCUUGAGCACCCGAAGCCCGCCCUCCUCCAUCUUCUGCCCGAAGACGUGAGGCUGGCCAAGCUAGGCGGCCAUGUUGAGGCUGUCAGCAAGACCUUUUCCUCUUUCCAGUGCAAGGUUUGCCAGGGGAAAAAGCCUUUCAGCGGCUUGAUGCCCUUGCUUCAGCAUUUAAGCGGGAAGGAGCAUAAGAAAGCCUUGGACAGGGCGAAAUGGUCGACCCAAGCCACGCGAUCUCAGCCCGCAGCCCAGCCUGCUCCCAUCCCUUCAACUUCCGCUUUCUCUCCGUCAAGUCCGCAGGCAGUCCCUGUCGCAGAGCCAUCGUCGUCGGUCCUCGCACCUCCAGCUCAUAGACGUCUGGUGAGUGACAGCCUGGGCAUCGUAAAAGCUGAGGUGGAGAAGAACCUGCGGCGCGGGGUGGUGACUGUGACGGGGAAGACCGAGACCCACACCUCUUAUUUCUGCAAGAGUUGCAGAGCUCCUCUAACCGGCGACGAGCCCUUAAGGCAGCACGUCAUGGGGAAAACACACAAGAAGAAAGCCAAGGAAGUCGACUCCGUGGCCUUGGAUCCAGAACCCAUGAGACCUCCCCUGCCUCGUUCACUCCCUGUAAUAAAUCCAAUGUGGCAGUUCCCUUGGAACGUCAGACCAGCCCCUUAUCCCCGCCAGCCUGACGCAGGAGUGUACAAGAACCUUACAAUACCAAGAGGAAUAGUUUACAUUUUCAACUAUUACUUCUCAGACACACAGAGCGUUAGGUCUGGAGCAACGAUAGAUACCUACAACAUGAAAGAACUGUUUGUGAGAAUGGGUUACCACGUGAAAGUGCAUGAAGAACUAAGCAAAGCGGCAACAGAAGAAAGACUUUACGCCAUUCAGUCUGAUGUUGUACUAGAUUAUUACGAUUCAUUUAUUAUGAUCUUCUUGAGUCAUGGCAAAGAUGACACGGUAUUCUAUACGGAAGACCGAGAGAUGAUGAGUCUCGAUGACGUGCGGUACUUCUUUGUCGAUGGUAAAUGUCCGCGACUGAAGAAUAAGCCCAAGCUGUUUUUGGCGAAUUUCUGUCGAGGAACACUCGAGGAGACAAGGAAGUACGAAACCGAUUACUCCGGCUCGGACGAAAGUGUGGAGGCUCCUAAGGACAUGGCAACGAUAUAUGCCAGCAUCAAAAAAUUUAUGGCAGUAAGAGAUUCCGAAAAGGGCACUGUCUUUGUGCAAGCGCUUUGUCAAGUCCUUGCUGAAUAUGCGCACGAGUUGGAGCUUCAUGAAUUGUACCAUAAACUUUGCUCAGCCAUGAGAGAGCGGGAAGGUACCACACCAGAAUAUCAAAAUUAUUUUUUCAAGAAGUUUUUCUUCAACCCGGUACUCAUUGAAGGACCUCCCAAAGCAUAAGAAAGUCUACCUUAUUGAGUCACUAUUGCAGAAAGAUUGUUUACUCUCCAACAAAGUCCAUUCAUCAUAAAAAAAUUGCUGUUAUACUAAAGAUUGGUUGGUAUGUGGUAUUUUUAUUGUUAUGGCAUAUAGACGGUAUGGAAACCUUUCAGGAACUUAAAAUUGAUCUUGUGUGUGGAUUCUGCUAUUGUUUUAUUUCAACUUUCAACUCUGGUCCCAUUCUUCAAAGAUGAUGCCGAUGAACUUCAGGUUUUGAGUAGGGCGUUACAUACCUGUAUUAAUCAUAACUGCAUGUUUGGUUUCUUACUCUAUCCAUAUAGCUUUUUUUCCAAGGUACCAAAUGUUAUAUUUUCUUUAACAUGAAUUUGUGUCGAAAACCUAAAUUCCACAUUUGGAAAGAGUGUCCAAUGUGGAAAAGAAAUCGAAUUAGUAAUGUAACGAAAAAAAUAACAUAAAAAAACGA